AUAUGAGAGACGAGGGCAUCCAUUCCAGGUCUAAGGCUAAUAGAAGGAGGAGUGAAAGCAGAGAGCCUGAGAUAGUAAUACAAGAUCAUAUCUUCAUGAUUAAUGAGAGCAAGAUGAUGAGUACUGUUAGGGAAGACUCUGAAUAUGAAAUUGUUGUUGAAGAAUCAGAUACUAUAAGCAAUGGGAGACAUCUAGAUGGUUACAGAGAUGGAGACGAUGAAAGCGAUAAAUACUUCUGACCUUUUACAGGAGCACACUUUGAAUUUUCAGAAAUUACAAGAAAGCUAAAAUAAAGUUCUCAGAAGAAGGUCAAAAGGAUUAUCUUUAAAAUCAAGUAAUUAAACUCUCACUUUGGGGAGAACUUACAAAAACUUCUCUGGAGGCUGAUCUAAAGACUAAAGAUAUGAUGAAUACCAAGAUAUUCCAGACGCAGAACAGCAUUGGGACCGUGAUUUCAACAAUGACUAAUCCUAAGGACUUAGAAAUCAGGACUAUUGAAACUCUUGAGAACUCGAAACAGAGUAAGGUCUUUGAUAAGGAAAAUUCUUAUCAGGAUCAGUUCAAGUUGUCUAAGAAGAGCCAUCUCAAUCAGCUAGGCAUGUUGGGAAGCAAUUUUGCAACUGAAGAUCUGAAAAUUGUCAAGAAGCAAGCCAGCCCGCUAGGCAUUUACGCUGAAUCAGGGACAUUUGAUGAAUUUUGAAAAUCCAUAAAUGGCAAGUUCAGUACGAGUAUGAUUAAAGGAGAGAAAAAUAAGCGAAUUUUGAUACCCAAAUAACUCCAUCAAGACACCAUCAAAAUCUUCUAAAAAAAAAGGGCUCAAGGGGAAGGUCCGUAAAGGUGCUGAGUCCUGUAGGAUUGAGAAAUACUUAAAGAAUGCAGAGAAAUUCAGCUACCCUGGGAGCAGUCUUUCCAUCCAGCAUGCUGAAAGCACUCAGCUUUCGACGAUCGAUAGCAAGAAAAUGAAGAUUUUUCAGAAGAACAAGAUCUUUAACAGCACAAAUUUAUCUAAGAUGAUCAAGAAGAAAAAGUAUUCAAGAAAAAUGAAAUCUGGCGAAUACCGUCUGGGAUCAGAGAUCAACCUCACAAACUGUAAAAACUACGACAGAGUGAAAAUAAAAGGGCUUUUCAAGUCAAAAUGAAUCCCUGUAAAAACCGCCCUCCCUCACAACAAUAAAAGAAAAAGUAGUAGUAAGAGCAAGAGUAAAAGCAAAGGUCCGAAGGUGAAAUAUCAGCUCUCUUCUUAUGCUGUGAAGCUUAAGAAAGGAGCCAAGAAAGAUCCCAGCCUCAAUGGUCUCAGCACUAGGGAGAAAUCUUCUAAAGUAUCACAUAUUUUCGACUUUAACCUCGUGAAUAAUUUCAAAAGUGUCCCCAAGAAGAAGGUAACAAAGAGAAGUCUAGAGAAAAAGGCGUUCAAGAAGCUUAAUUUUAAGAAGAAGCUUAAACAAAAGACUACUUUUGAUUUUGCCAAUGUUCAAGGGACUACUAACACAAAAAAGGAGAAGGUAAGGUCAAAGUCAAGGUCAAAGAAGAGACAGAGCAUAGAGCACUGACAAUAA